AUGCAUUGCGGGCGUAUUUUAGGGCAAAAUGGGGAGAAAUUGAAGGUUAUGCUUUCCGGGCUAGGAUCUACUUUUGCUCAGCUGAAGCCAUUUAUAACCGCCACAAAGCAAAACUGGCAGACCGUUCGAUGUGUGGCAGUUUUUUAUAACUUGCGCUCAAACAUAUUUGACGGUAUCGAGUUCGAACGGCUACCACGUGAGGCUAUACCCCCGUCGGACGAAAAUACUACGGCUGACAUUGUGGCGCCACAAGUUGUAGUGCAACCCGCACACGUGGAUGCCCGUUGA